UUGUUGAGUAUCUUUGAAACGAUAGAAAUGUUGACAGGUUUGUAAUUUCAUAGACGUUUGGCAAAAGUUAGUUUGUUGCUAAAUUUUGUGGUUACUGAAGAAGGAAGUUAUAAACGUGUAAAACAGCUACAGAAACAUGGGAUGUGACGGCGGCACAAUACCCCGUAGAGACGAACUUGUUAGAAAGAAAGAGAAACCCGAGCAAAAGGAUAAAAAUUCUGAGCUUUCUUUUCGUUGGCAACAUUGCAGUAUUACACAGCUGCCUCUUCAGCCUCCUAUUGUUGCUUGUGGGUAUGGAAGACUGUACAACAAGGACGCUGUAAUUGAAAUGUUACUGGAUAAAGCAAAUGCUCCAGAAAGUGCUAAACAUAUAAAAUCUCUGAAGGAUGUUAAAGAACUUCAGCUGACUAAUAACCCAUCAUAUGCUCGAUCCGCUGAGAAAGGAGAUGCAUAUGUUGAUCGUCAAACAGCACCUUACAUCUGCCCUGUUAUUGGUCUUGAGAUGAAUGGCAAAUUCAGAUUUGUUUUCCUGUGGAAUUGUGGAUGUGUGUUCUCGGAAAGAGCUUUGAAGUUAGUGAAAACACAAACAUGUCACAAGUGUCAGAAGCAGUUUAGUGAUGCUGAUGUUGUUGUCCUUAAUCCAGUAGAGGAAGAUAUGCCCCUAAUGAAAGAAAGGCUGGAGAAUAGACAUGCAAAAGUGAAAGCUGGAAAGAAAGCUCGAGUAGAGGCAAAGAAGAUGCCAGAAACAGCUACAUCUAGCACUUCAAAUGAGAAAAAUGCUGAAGAAAAACCAGUUGAAAAUUGUAAAUUAGAUGCUGGGUCACUGAAGAUCUUGAAUAAACAGAAUGGUACCAAACCUUCAGAAAAAGUUUCACUCAAGAGAACUGGUAAUGGGCAGAUUGAAGAUCCAGUUUUCAAGAAAACUAAAAGUUCGUAUAGUGUGGCACAGGAUCCAAAGGCAUCUGAAGUCUACAAAUCCCUAUUUACAUCUCAUCAUAAGGCAAAUGAGCAAGUUAAAGCACAUUGGAUUACUUACAACCCCUUUUAUAACUGAUUUGCUUGAUAUUGAUAAUUUUUACAAGCCAGCAUUAAUGUAUUUUAUGUAAAUUUGUACAUAAAUAAGACACAAUAAACAGUUUAAAAUUAA